UCCUGCUGUAUUUGCUAAAACAUCUGGUUCAUUUGCUCCACCUCGGAGUUCACAGACGACAUGGAGGCGAUCCUGAGUCUCCUCGGCUUGGACUGGAUAGACCUCAGAGGUCUUCUGAUAUUUGUCUGUGUUUUUCUGCUGCUGACAGACGUUUUGAAGAACAGAGUGCCUAGUAACUUUCCACCAGGUCCGUGGUCUUUUCCUUUUAUCGGAGACCUUCCUCGCAUCAAGGCGUCCAAAAUUCACCUGCAGUUUAAAGAGUUUGCAGGGAAAUACGGGAAUGUUUUCAGUCUCCGUUUGUUUGGUGGAAGGAUUGUCAUCAUCAAUGGCUACAAGCUGGUGAGAGAGACUCUUAUCCAACAAGGAGAAAACUUCAUCGACCGUCCCAACAUUCCGUUGUUUGAAGCCUUAUUUGAGAAUAAAGGCCUUGUAGUUUCCAGCGGUAAUCCAUGGAAGCAGCAGAGGAGAUUUGCUCUUCACACUCUCAGAAACUUUGGUCUGGGAAAGAAAACCCUGGAGCGAUCCAUCCAGCAGGAGUGUCGGUAUCUCACAGAGGCUUUUGCUGAUCUACAAGGUCAGCCAUUUAAUGCCCAUAAACUGAUCAACAACGCCGUGUCCAACAUCAUCUGCUGCUUGGUCUUUGGGAAUCGAUUUGAGUACAAUGACAAGCAGUUCAAGAUCAUCCUUCAACACUUUGAUGAGAUUGUCUACUUACAAGGAACUGUGUGGGCACAGAUUUACAACGCGUUGCCCACGCUGAUGAAAUGGCUGCCUGGACCUCAUCAGAGGAUUUUCACCAUAAUACGAGAGCUACAAAAUUUUACGAAAGUAAAGAUCAAGGAGCACAGAGAGAACCUGGACCCUUCGUCACCCAGAGACUACAUCGACUCCUUCCUCAUAGAGAUGGGAGAGAAAGAAGACAAGGAUUCUGGUUUUGAUAUCGACAAUCUGUGUUUUUGCACUCUGGACCUGUUUGGUGCUGGAACCGAAACCACCACCACCACUUUACACUGGGGGCUGCUGUACAUGAUCUUGAACCCACAAAUACAAGAGCGAGUCCAGGCUGAGAUAGACGCUGUGAUUGGUCCGUCCAGGCAGCCGUCUAUGGCUGACAGAGACAACAUGCCUUACACCAACGCUGUCAUCCAUGAGAUACAGAGGAUGGGGAACAUCAUCCCACUCAAUGUGGCCCGCACAGCUAAUCAGGACUCCACAGUGGAUAACUACACCAUCCCAAAGGGCACCAUGAUUCUUGCUAUACUGGACUCAGUUUUACACGAUGAGUCCAUGUGGGAAACUCCGUACACCUUCAAUCCUCAGCACUUUCUGGAAAAGGACGGCAAAUUCAGGAAGCGAGAAGCAUUUCUCCCCUUCUCUGCAGGUAAACGUGUGUGCCUUGGGGAGCAGCUGGCCAGGAUGGAGCUGUUCCUCUUCUUCACCUCCCUCCUCCAGAGGUUUAAAUUCUCACCUCCUGCAGGAGAGAAGCCCAGUCUGGAGUACAAACUGGGAGUAACCCAUUGCCCCAAACCUUACCGCCUCUGCGCAGUGCCACGUUAACCUGCUGCCUGAUGACAAAAAUUUACUCCGCUGAUAUUUCUCCUUUAUAAAUGUAAUUAUUAUAUUAAGAAGAUGAACCACUAUGAUGCAAUAAAUAUGAAAUAAUCAUGCAAAA